AUCGUACGAGCACCUGCAACGUCAUAAAUACAACCUGCAACCUCAUGAGUCCUUCAAACACUCAUUACACUUCUCUGAACCCCGGUCGUAGAGGCGGCGCUCCUAACUGACAACAUGAAUUCUCUGUGGACAGGGAUUUGCAUUGUGAUUUUCACUGUUGUUGUGCGAUCCGAAUAUACAUCUUUACAAUGGAGCGAUUGUGGCACUGACCCAUCGAUAACAGUCCACAACCUUGCCGUCACGCCUAUGCCAGUGACGGUUCCUGGGAACAUGAGCUUCACGCUACAAGCCUCGUCUACUCGGUCACACCUUAACAGGAUGAUACUAAAACUGUCGUCCAAGAGGAAGAGUUGGAUCGACCUGCCAGUGCCAUGCCUGUUCAACGUUGGGUCGUGCACCUACGACGACACGUGUACACUACUUGCGACGAUGCAGCGCGACAACUGGGCUGGCGUCAUGAGGAACGUAGGCGGGCAGAUCCAGAACAUGCUGUCAUCCGUCGGCAUCAACGACUACUGCCCCUUGCCGAUACAGAGACUGAACAUCCAGAACUACGUCCUCACCAUGCCACCCAUACCGUCUAUCCUUGCGUUCUUUGCCGAGGGUGACUACGAGACGCGAAUUCUUGCCUUGGACUACGCCACCAACGACGUCCUCCUCUGCGUCGACCUGAAGAUGACGAUGAAAGAGCACACCGAGAGAUGUACAGAUUGGUUUUGCAGGAUGCGGAAUGCCUUCAGGCCAUGAACCAAAGCCUUUGACCCGCAGUCAUGAAUGUGCUAACUCUACGUAGGGUUAACUGCAGGAAUCAAAUUUACCAAACACUUAUCAACACAACCUUGACGCCCAGGUCAAAACCAUAGCCUCGAGUUGACAAAGAUGACUUACUGUGCUUCAGGACUUAUGGUUACACGUUCAAAUAGUUUACAUUCACAGCUGCCAUGUCACCGUCGUGAUGUCUGAUAACAGUCGUUGUCUUGUUUGACACGACAUCAUGCGAGCGAUCUGAAAUCUUAUUACUGUAGCUCCCAAUGGGAGAAUGGGACCUUUAAGCUUCAAAUGCCCAGGAUGAAUUAUGUCAUUACUUAAACCUCAACACAACAUUUGUUCAUAAUACAUAUUUAACACUCAUUAAGUCAUCCGUAUGUUUUCAUGUGUUCCUCAUCUCGAACACCAACCAGCGAGAGGGGGGUCGGGCGAAGUAAAGAGAUGUUUUUCACAUAUUGUGUCAUUUAUCAAGGAAAUGUUAAAAUUUAGCUCACUUGGUAAUAGUCUUGUAAUUAAUUUAUAGUGUAGGUCGAAUAUCUUUUGGAAAUAUUUUAUAAUAAAUAUUGACGAAGAAAGUGAGUGAGUUUAGUUUUACGCCGCACUCAGCAAUAUUCCAGCUAUAUUGCGGCGGUCUGUAAAUAAUCGAGACUGAACCAAACAAUCCAGUGAUCAACAGCAUGAGCAUCGAUCUGCGCAAUUGGGAACCGAUGACAUGUGUCAACCUCGUCAAGCUGACCUAUUCUUCCAGUGUGCGAGGAUAAAACUAUUUAUAUUUAUCACAUAAGGGCAUAUGUUUCAACACCGUUGGGAAAAACAGAGUCAGUUGCUAAUUAUAUUUUAUUAUUUCAUGUCGGUAUGUAUAAUUAUGACGGGUGGGAGAUUGAAUAAAGCCUUACGCAAAGGUUAGAUCACAGAAUAGCUGUUGUAAUAUGUACAUGCUCUGUGUACUGAACUAUUUCAACGUCUGUUUUGAAGAAUCUCUUUUUAUUUAUUGUUACACUUAAUGUAGUGAAGAUCAGGAUGUAUGUACUCAUACUCUUCAUUAAGUCCAUUUACAAUUAAAUCACUGUAAAUAUCUUUUGCUCACUGUGCUGUUUCAAAAGAAAUAAAAUUAUUCCAAAUGUGAA